CAAGGAUCACAGCAGCAACGGCAUUCCUUCAAUUUUAAAGCUUGCCGCUACUAUGAGAUUUCUUGCUGAGGGAUCGUACCAAAAAGGAGUUGGACAAGACGUACUGCUUGGAAUGGCACAACCAACAGUCUCAAACGUUUUGUCUGAAACUCUUAAAAUUCUUGAGAGAACGUUGUGCCCAAAAAUGAUAAAUUUUAAAAUGAAUGAACAGGAAAAGCUAGAAGCAAAAACAGCAUUCUAUGAAAAUAGUGGUUUUCCUGGGGUUAUAAUGUGCGUUGAUGGAACGCAUGUAAGCAUUAUACGUCCUACAACAAAUGAAUACCAUUUUUACAACAGAAAAGGAUAUCAUAGCUUAAAUGUAAUGGUGGCCUGUGUCCACAAAACGAGGAUAACUUGCGUUAAUCCCAGUUACGGGGGAAGUUCUCAUGACUCUGUUGUGUGGUCAAUGAGUAAAGAGAGAGCUUUUAUGGAAGAACAAUUUAGACAUGGGGAUAGCAGCAAGAUUCUCGGUAACAAAUGAACUGAAACUCAAUAUUGUCAAACGUAAAACUUUUGUUUGAUUUAGGUGACGCUGGUUAUGCCUUAGAGCCAUGGAUGAUGACACCGUACAGGGCAGCUGCAAGUGGAAGUCGUGAAGCGAAUUUCAACACAGUUCA